UUUUAACUUUUUUUUUUUUUUUCCGUAGAAAAUCCGAAGCGGAUGCAGUAGAUGGAUCUAAUAAGUGAACUGCCAGUAGAAGUGAAGGAAUUGAUUGUGCAGUGCUUGCCUUUUCCAGACGCGGCGAGAACUGCUGUGCUCUCAACUCACUGGAAGGAUGUUUGGUUGCAACAUGCGUGUCGUUUAUGGGAUGAGGAGGAUCUAUGUAAGCAAGUUUUCCCAGUUGGUACUGAGUGGGAUCAGUUGGACAUGGUCUAUCAGUAUAAAUGGAACUUCUCAAAUCUGGAGGAAGCCUUUGAAGAAGGCGGAAAGUUAUAUGGAAAAAACGUCUACCUUUUUGGCUUUACAGAACCACAAUUGGUCUCAUACCAAGGUCAAGCAAAAGUUACAUGCAUACCAGUUGUGGUUGCUGUGGUUUCACCUUUUCCACCUUCAGACAAAAUUGGAAUAAACUCUGUACAAAGGGAAGCUGAAAAAAUAGUGCCCAUGAAACAGAUGAAAAUGGGUUGGAUUCCAUACUAUAGGGAUUCUCAGGUUGAAAGACUCAAAUCCCAAAUUUUUAUAUUGGGUUUUACCCAAGGAAGGGCUGGCCUAGAACAUUUGAAGUUGGAGCGUGACAAGAAGUUUGAAUAUUGCCUACCCUAUUUCUACCAGCCUUUCAAGGAAGAUGAGCUUGAACAGAGCACUAUUGUGGAGAUUAUAUUUCCAGGAGAACCCAAACCUGUUUUCUGCGAGUUUGAUUGGGAAUUUAAUGAAGUUGAUGAAUUUACAGACAAACUUAUUGAAGAAGAGGAGUUGACGGAAGAUCAAAAAGAUGCCUUCAAGGACUUUAUUAAGGAAAAGGUCCGUGAAGCCAAAAAAGCUAACCGUGAGGCAAGGGAAGCCCGGAAAAAGGCAAUAGCAGAAAUGAGCGCGGAAAAAAAGGCUGCAUUUGAUGAUAUGAGAUUCUACAAGUUUUAUCCUGUGACCUCACCUGAUGCUCCUGAUGUAUCAAACGUGAAGUCUCCAUUCAUAAACAGAUACUACGGGAAGGCUCACGAAAUUUUGUGACAUACACCUCCAAGUAGGAAUUUAACGGAGGAGAUAGAAUACCCAUUUUGUUCUAGAGUGUAAAACUGAUGACUCAUCAGUAGCCCAGAGCUGGCCAAGCUGCCGUUCAAUUGAGCAAGCAUGUAUUCUAAAGUCUAGCUUCUAUUACAAUUUCAUAGCGGAUGUACUCCGUAGAGAGGGAGAGAGAUAGAAUAUGAAGAUGAGAAUUGAAUUAAAUUUUGUUUUCUUCUGGUCUCUAGAUUUGAUUACACAACAUUGAUGAAUGAUGAUGUUCUUAAGCUUAGUUUUAGGCUGGAUUCUGAAGGUGAGUAAGUUUUAUUUCUCAGCAUACUGUAAUACUUUGUCAGAGAAUUUGUUAUUAUUCCUCAAUCCUCCUAAGGCUAAAGCUGGUGGCAGCAAUGUACUAUUAUUAACAUUGUACUAUUCUUGUGUUGCGCUGUUGUAAUACACAUUUUUCUUGUACUAUCUAUUCAGGAGUUCAAUGUGUAUUGUC